AUGCCGGGAACAGUUGCAGAGCCGCCCUCGGUGUCGCUAUCCUUUGCCAAUAAUUUCUGGGGCAGAGAUGAUGCCGGGGUUGGGCCUAUGCUGGAUCGGAUGCAUGGCUCCAAGGUGACUUGCGAUGAACUCAAGACGUUCUAUAAUAUUCGCGCUGCUAUUGAAGAUGAAUACUCACGAAAGCUCAUGGCGCUAUGUCGGAAGCCACUGGGCACACAUGAGACGGGCUCGCUUCGGUCGUCUUUCGAUGUCGUCCGUGGAGAAACAGAGUCCAUAGCCAAAUCUCACGCAGCUAUUGCCUCGCAGAUCAAAAGAGAAUUGGAAGAGCCGUUGGUUGCCUUUGCAGGCGGAUCCAAAGAAAGAAGAAAAAUCGUACAAGUUGGCAUCGAGCGAAUCCUCAAGACCAAGAUACAACAGACUCAGACGGUGAACAAGACUCGAGACCGAUACGAACAAGAUUGUCUCAGAAUUAAGGGUUACCUUGCACAAGGGCACAUGGUAAUGGGGCAGGAGGAACGCAAGAACAAAGCAAAACUUGAGAAGACGCAGAUCCAGCUUGCCACAAGCAGCAGCGAAUACGAGGCCGCUGUCAAAGUUCUUGAAGAGACAACAGGUCGUUGGAAUAAGGAGUGGAAAGCAGCUUGCGACAAAUUUCAAGACCUGGAAGAGGAGAGAAUUGACUUCACAAAAAGCAGUCUCUGGACCUACGCUAACAUUGCAUCGACUGUGUGUGUUAGUGACGAUGCUUCUUGUGAAAAGAUCCGUCUCUCGCUUGAGAACUGUGAAGUCGAGAAAGAUAUCAUUUUCUUCAUCAAAGAUAGAGGAACAGGGCAAGACAUCCCAGAUGCGCCUAAGUUCGUCAACUUUGCCCGGGGUGAUGUGAACGACACGAGCUCGGAGCUGUCUGAGGAAGACGGUUUCUCUGUUGCCCAGUUUCAACGUACCAUCAAUCCGGCGUUCCGAAGCUCUUCUCCGCAGCCGUCAACCUACGAAUCUCACCAUGAUCCACAGCCUGACCCGCCAGCAGACACCGGCCACGAAAGCCCGGCGACACCUUCCAGUAGGGAAGCUACGGUCACUCCACAACAGCCAACACAACCUCCUGCUCCUUUGGACCUUCGCCGUGGAGGCUACCUCCCGCCCAACUAUGACCCGAAUCAGCAUGGAGAGAUUGGCACUGUCCCACACAAUGCCUACCCAACAGAUGGAAUGACAAUGUUUUGCCGCGCUGGACCACCUUCUGAGCGCAGUUCAGGGAGCAACAGUAUCUAUAGGCCAUCUAGCCGGGACUCGCAAAGUGAGGUCUCCAAUCCAACCUCAGUGUCGAGCCAGGAGCCUUCUAGUGCCAGACAAUCCCCAACAAAGCCCGCACCUACCAAUGGUGUUGCGCUCCCAGGACUUGGAGGGGACAAGCAGAUCCAGAAGAGGAAAAGCGCGUUCUUCAGUAACAGUCCCUUUCGGCGGAAAAGUCGACAUGAUAAGGACCGUAAUUCUGGACCUUCUCAUCCACCGGCCCGUACCACGUGGGAACCUCCUUCAAAACAGAUGACACCAGUCAAGGCACCUCAGUCCCAGCCUCCGCCAGCCGCAGCUCCUCCACUCACAGCUCCUCCAGCAGCAGCCCCUCUUCCAGCAGCAGCCCCUCUUCCAGUAGCAGCCCCUCCAGUAGCAGCUCUUCCAGCGGCUGCUUCGAGCAAUAGCCGGCCAAGUGGAAGCCCGGAACCCGUGGAUCCUAGGGCAAACUUCCAACUCAACGUGGGAAAUAACGUGUUUGAUGUUGCCUCUCCAGACAAGAACUCGCUCAAGAAAGCAGCCCAGGCGGCCAAGUCGGGACAACAGGAGCUAGACCCAAUUGCACGCGCCCUCGCUGAUUUGAAAGGCGCUGGAAAGCAAUCAGCUACUAGGGUCUCUGCCGAUAGAUAUCAUGGAAUCGCUACGCCGGUGCCAUCGGCCCCUCCUUCCAACUACAGCAGUGCAUCUGUGGCCACUCCUCCUCCUGCUUACAAUGUUACCUCCGUGAAGAGACUCGAUGCGCCGCAGCCCGCAUUUACCUCUGCACAGAUGCAGAAGACUACCCAGAAAUACACGGGUAAGACUCAUAGUAUGCUCCGGGGUAGCGGGAACACCCCAAGUUUGGCGACUCGAAACAGCGCACCAGCCCAGGAAGUUCCACGUGCAAAAUCGCCCAUCCCCAGACGCAGUGCCAGUCCCCAAGUGGCGAGUCCGAUGCCUCAAAGGGUCAGCCCGCAACCGAUCAACCCUCCGGUUGUCAGCCCUCAGCCCAUCAUUCCACAGCCAGUUAGUCCUCAGGUCGUGCCUCGUGUUGAUACGCGCAUGAGCCACCGCAGUCGAGGAGCAAGCCCGAGCCCGAGCACUUAUCAAGCAAGCAGUAUACGGAGUCGCUACAGCCGAUCACCAACGGUCUCAACUCCUCCUCAGAGACCAGUGGAUGCAGCACCAUCUGUACACGACUUUUCCCGGCGGAGCUCCCCGAACCCGGCACCACGGGCCGUGUCGCCUCAGCCGCAGUUUAGACAGCAAGUUCGACCUUCUAGCGCCGGAGGUAUGGAGCUGCAGCUUUCGAACAAUGGUAGCGACAUAUAUGGCAGUAGCUUCGACAGCUACGCCUCUCGAGGCAGGGACACCGGCCGGCCUAUGUCAUAUUAUGGCGAUGGGGCAAGCCAAACUGGCAGAUCCAGAAGCAGGACUGUGGCUGUUGCUGAUCCUGGUAGGCAAUUUAGCCGCGAUGGGCGUCCAAUACUUCACUUUGCUCGCGCUUUGUAUAGCUACACUGCCGCCAUACCCGAAGAACUGGGCUUUGGCAAAGGAGACGUCCUGUCUGUGAUCCGACUUCAGGAUGAUGGCUGGUGGGAAGCCGAGCUGACCACCGCUCGAAGCCGAACAGGUUUGGUGCCGAGCAACUACCUCCAGAUUAUUUGA